AUGUCGCUCCCAACUGAAUCACCUUCGUCUGUGUAUCCGCCCAACGCCCCAUUCGCCGCGUUGGAAGCCACCGAUAAAGCUCCCGGCCAAGCGCCGCAUACGUUGCCAGAAUCCCAUGGCUCGCGUAGCUGUGUGACCUGCCGUCGCAGGAAGGUCCGCUGUAACAAGCGAUGUCCAUGUUCAAACUGCGCAAGGGCCGGAGUCGAAUGCAUCUUUCCCCCGCCCGGUCGAGCACCCCGUAAGUCGAAGCGGCCGCAGGACGCCGAACUGCUGUUGCGACUGAGACGUCUUGAAGGUGUAAUCGAGCACCUGAGCGAUAAGAACGCGACCGCGGCCCAGAGUGUGCCCUCCCCGCCACAGCAGCCCAACGAACCGCUGACCGACAAUCCUCCUCCGGCCCAGGAGGGUCAAGGUUGUCCAUUCUCAAAUAUUGACCCUCUUAAGCCGGUUGGACCGCGAAAUCUGGAGCAUGAAUUCGGGAGGUUGGUCAUUGAGGAAGGCCGGAGCCGAUACGUCAGUAAUCGGCUCUGGGCAAGUCUUGGAGACGAGGUGGAAGAACUGCAGGACAUCCUGGACCCGUCAUCGUCAGACGAGGAAGAUUACCCAUCUCCCGAGUCGUCCUCGACCCUAUCGACCAACCACGAUGGAUUCUUGUUUGGCUUCUACUCUCUCUCACAUUCCCUCCGCUCUUUCCAUCCUCCGCCGUCAAAGAUUCCGAUACUAUGGGAGAUCUACUUGGAUAAUGUAGCGCCCCUGGUGCCCAUCAUGCAUAAGCCUACGGCGAAACAACUGUUUACGAACGCGGCCCAAAACCCCGACUCGUUGGAUAAAAACUCGGAAGCGUUGCUCCUUUCCAUGUACUUUGCUUCAAUUAUCAGUCUGUCCCCCCUAAAAUGCCUAUCUAUUAUGGGAGAAGAGCGGGAUGUCCUUGUGAGCCGCUACAGAUUUGCGGUUGAGCAAGCUCUUGCCAAAGCGAACUUUCUGAAUACCCAGCACAUAAUGGUCCUACAAGCGGCUGUGAUCUUCUUGAUUGCUGUCCGUCGAGAGGAUGAUACCAAGUUCGUCUGGUCCAUGACCGCUCUUGUUCUUCGACUGGCGCAAGGGCUUGGUCUGCACCGGGAUGGCACAAACUUUGGCCUGAAACCGUUCGAUACAGAGAUGCGGCGACGUCUGUGGUGGCAUAUCUGCUUGUUAGAUAUUCGGGCCUCCGAGGACCAUGGGACUGAUGCUCAAGUCAAUGAGAGAAUAUACGACACCCGACUGCCGCUGAACAUCAACGAUGAGGAUAUCACUCCGGGAAUGCAGGAACCACCGAAGGAGCGAGUCGGAUUCACAGACAUGACGUUCUGCCUGAUUAGAUGUGAUAUCACCGUUUCUCUUCGACAAGUGAGCUACUCCUGUCCGAAUAGCAACUUCCCCGGGGCACCUCGACAACCAUCGCCCGAAAAAUGUGGCCAGCUAAUCAAGAGCAUCAACGACCGCAUUGAAGAACGGUACCUUAAACACUGUAACACAAGCGUCCCGAUUCAAUGGGUGUGUGCGACGAUUGCGCGGCUCAUCCUGACAAAGUUGUGGCUGGUGGUCCACCAUCCUAUGACGCGGCCAUAUCAGGGAAUCAACCUCACCAAUGACUCGCGGGAGAGCUUGUUCGUCACUUCGGUACAGGUGGCCGAAUUUUCUUGUCUCUUAGCCGGAAACGAGAACACGCAGAAGUGGAGCUGGCUCUUUGCGACCAACAUGCAGUGGCAAGCCAUUGCCUUCACUCUGUCCGAGCUUUGCGUGCGCCCAAUAAGCCCCCUCACGGACCGGGCAUGGACUGCGGUCAGUACACUCUAUGAUGACUGGAUACGCUCCUCGAAGCAAAGAAAAGGAAUGAUGUGGCGCCCGCUUGCUCGACUGAUGAAGAGAGCAAGCGCUUUUCGAGCGAAGCAGCGGGAAGAGCUGCAAAAUUGCGGUGGCCCCAGUCCAGUCGCCUCCAACUCCGCCGCACCUCGUACCAUGAGUAACGGACCACAGAUUAUACCGCCACCUAUUCUGCCUCGACUGUCAGAAUUGCCCUUGUCUGCAAUGCAGUCUAGUACUCCUGAUAGUCAGCUGAACAUUGAUCUCCGCGGGGGGCCAAUGGAUGCCAUCAAUAUCAUGUUUCCCGGCGUUGAUUGGCUUGCUGUCUCAGAUUCCCAGCGUACCCCCGAUCAGCAAAUGACGAUUCCCUCCGAACCGUCAUUGACUCUUCCUGAUCAAUCGCCGCUGUUGGCUUCGGAGCCACCGGGAGAUCUCCCGGCGCAACAGUUGAACUGGGAAGACUGGGAUCAAGUCAUGCGUGACUUCCAAUUAGACCUGCAGCAGGCUCAUACCGCGAACUCGACGGGGAAUAUUUCAGCCAAUGUCUCUGACUGGUUCAUGUGA